AUGGGAACGGGCGCAUCUGUGGAACAAAGAUUCCGCAAGCCAAAUGCUCGCCGCGUAAACCUCUUCAAUAUCUUGACGGAGAUCAUGAAGGAAACGAAGCGCGAGGAGGAAAUCCCGGAAGACCACUGGGAGCUUCUGAUGAAGGCGCUGGAGACCGAAGAGCAGGCAGAGGCGAAGCAGCUGAAGGAGGAACUCGAGAAGGAGCGUGCGAGCCGUGUGGCCCAAGAGCAGCUCGUGGAGAAGUUGAAGGCUGAACUGAAACAGAAGGAAGACUUGCAGGAGGAGACCGAGAGCGAGCUUAAGAAGCUGAAAGCACAACUGAAGCAAAAGGACGAGGCGUCGAAUGAGCAGCAAGAGUCCAAAUCCAACGAUCAAGCCACUGAGGAUCAAGCCACUUUGGAUCAAAAAGAGGCAGCAGACUGUGAAACCAUUCACGACGCGGCCGGAAAGAGUGUAGCCGCGGUGCGGCACUUCCUCCGGGAACACCCGACGGCCGUGAACAAGAAAGAUGAGCAC